CUCCCUUCCUUCUCAUACUUUACUAUAAAUAUAUAAAUAUCUAUGCACAUAUAACAAAACUCUCAUAAGUCAUAACUCUUCUGUUUCCUGGUUAUAACUUCUUCAGUUCCUUCCUAUGGCGAUUGCAUACUCUUUUCUUUCAUCAUCAUGGUCAUGGAUGCUGUUGUUCUUCUUCUUGUUGCUGUUUCUGAAUAUGCAGGGUAAAGCGUCGAGGCUGAACUCGUUCUAUGACUCGGUGAUUCGGUUACCCUCCGAGUCAGUGUCAGAGUCAGCAGAAAAUGAUGAAGUUGGUGGUGGAACCCGAUGGGCUGUUCUAGUAGCUGGUUCAAGCGGAUACGGCAAUUACAGGCACCAAGCAGAUGUGUGCCAUGCGUAUCAGUUGCUAAUAAAAGGUGGACUCAAAGAAGAAAACAUAGUUGUGUUCAUGUAUGAUGACAUAGCCAACAACGACUUGAAUCCAAGGCCUGGAAUCAUCAUCAACCAUCCUCAUGGUCAAGAUGUCUAUGCUGGCGUCCCCAAGGAUUACACAGGUGAGAACGUGACAACUCAUAAUUUAUAUGCGGUAAUUCUUGGGGACAAGAGUAAGGUGAAAGGUGGAAGUGGCAAAGUAAUAAACAGCAAACCUGAUGAUAGGAUAUUUAUAUAUUAUGCUGAUCAUGGAGGCCCAGGUGUUCUUGGGAUGCCAAACACUCCAAACCUUUAUGCCAUGGAUUUUAUUGACGUCUUGAAGAAGAAGCAUGCAUCUGGAGGUUACAAGAAGAUGGUUAUAUACGUGGAAGCUUGUGAAAGUGGGAGCAUAUUUGAGGGUAUAAUGCCAAAGGAUAUAAACAUUUAUGUGACAACUGCAUCAAAUGCUCAAGAGGCUAGUUGGGGAACUUAUUGUCCUGGCAUGGAUCCUUCUCCUCCUCCUGAAUACAUCACUUGCCUUGGGGAUUUGUAUAGUGUUGCUUGGAUGGAAGACAGUGAAAGUCACAAUCUAAAGAGGGAAUCGGUGCAACAACAAUACCAAUCGGUGAAGGAACGGACCUCAAAUUUUAACAACUACGAGCUUGGUUCCCAUGUGAUGGAGUACGGUGAUACACACGUCAAACCGGAGAAGCUUUAUCUGUACCAUGGUUUUGAUCCUGCCACAGUCAACUUUCCUUCUCUUAAUGGAAUGUUAGGAGCGCCCGUGGAUGUUGUUAAUCAGAGAGAUGCAGACCUGAUCUUCAUGUGGCAAAUGUACAAGAGGUCAGAAGAUGAACCAGAAAAGAAGAGAGAGAUCAUGAAGCAGAUUGCAGAGACAACAAAGCACAGGAAUCAUUUAGACGGUAGCGUGAAAUUGAUCGGAGUAUUUCUUUAUGGUCCAGCAAAAAAUUCAGUAAUAGAAUCCGUGAGGGAGCCCGGUCUGCCCCUUCUUGACGAUUGGACAUGCUUAAAAUCAAUGGUUCGAGUGUUUGAAACUCACUGCGGAUCGCUGACUCAGUAUGGCAUGAAACACAUGCGAGCAUUCGCCAACAUUUGUAACAGUGGCGUUUCUAAGGCCUCAAUGGAGGAGGCUUGUAUGGCAGCUUGUGGUGGCUAUUAUGCAGGGCACUUACAUCCAUCAAAAUUCGGUUAUAGUGCAUGAUUUAGGAUUAUUGUACUAUACUCACAAAUCGGAAAGUAUUUUUCAACCUUGUACAAAGAUGUAAUUUUCUAUAAAAAUAGUUAGAAUAGUUUUAAUGUAAAAUAUGAAUCGAAAUAUAGUUUAAUUGAAUAAUUUGUAUAAAUUAUUAUUAUAAAAUUACUUAUUCUAAAAAUUUUAAAGGAUAAAAAGUGAUACAUGAAUUAUAUUUUUAA